AUAGCUUGUGUUUUUGGGAUGGGAAUUAGGAAAAAUAGAGAUGGAAAAUAGGUAAAACCUUCCCGAUUUCCCAGUUCUGUGUUGAGAGUUGAGACAAAAGAAGUGUGUGUGAGAGAGAAAGAGUAGAUUUUAAGCGGGAAAAUCAUCAUCCUGAAACCCCAACACAGAAGGAGAACUUCUAAUGGCAAAAAAUUCUACUUCUGGAGGUGAAGGAGGAGAAGGAAAUCAGGCACAUCCUGGUACUAACACUAGCGAAGAAACUAAAGAGAGUACUCAAUCGUUUCAAACAGCCGACGCCGAUGAAGAAAUUCCAGGUGGCGGUUCUGAAAGUCAGAGUGACAACACAGUAGUAAAACUGUUGCAGGAUAUGCUUGAGCUGAUUGAAGCUCAAAUUGAAGAUGUCAUAUCUAGUGGAAAACCUGGAUUGGAAGAGUUGAAACUCUUGCGCUCAUUGAAUCGACGAGUAUUAGAAGGCUUUACAAGUAAAUUUGGUUUUGAUUCUGUAAAUUUCCUCUUUCCAUGACAAAAUCAGUAUUGGAAUUCUUAAGAAUUUAUUUGGUUUUCAUAAUCAGAAUAAGGUGGUUAUUCCGCUCGAAGAAAUCCUCAGAAUGAGCUUAGAAUAUAAAAUCAUAAAGGUAUGAUGAAUUGGCUUGUUUUUGGUUUGUUUGAAUGUGUGUAUGUCCGGAUGGUCCUUUAUUUCAAUGUUGUUCAUGUUUUUGUGCGCUAAAUCUGUCUAAGCAAUGCCAAAGAGUUGUAGGAGAGUCUUGUAUGUUGCAUUAAUGAUCACAUUCGCAAUUCAUUUCACUUCUGCAUCCUCUAAGCAUUGCCAAGCGGCACUUGUAUGCCCGAGGCCUUUCGCCGUCCGAUUUUACUUCCCAUGGGAAUCGUGACAAUGAGCAGAGAUUUAUUAAUGUUUGAGAGGAGCCAAGAGGCUUUGCCUAUCUAUUGGGUGAUUCUCCAGAGGAAGCUUAUGGUGUGAUUUCUUUGCGUGGGUGUGAUCUCUAUGAAAAAUCUGAUGAUGAGGAGAAGUUACUCAAGGAAUAACUAACAGUAAGAUGUAGCGGCAAUGAUGACCCUGAUAUGCUUGACCGUAUUGCGCGUGGAGAUGAUAGAGAUCAUUAUUUCUAGUUUGAUUUCAGUUUGUACAGUAGUACAUUCAUAUUUUAGGUCAUUUGGUUAAUUUGUUCUUCGUAAAACGAGCUCCGCAGUCAAACUAUAUGUUGCCGCUCAUUUAAGUUUUAAUCACCAUUCUAUAAACAUGUCCUAGUACGGGGAAGGAUCACUCUUCUCUUCUUAUAGUUGGUUUUGAAUUUGUAUUAUAAAAAUGAAAAUUCUGCGAGUGCUUUCUCCAAUUGCAAUCUCAGCUCUUUCAUUAGCUUUGGGAGGAAUAACUGGCGUUGGUGAGGUUGCAGUCACCAUUUUGGUACUGAUUUUUAUGGUUUAUUGUGAAGGUGUGGUUGGUACGGAUGCUAACAAUGUUUUUUCCUAGUUCAAUGUUGUAAACCAAACAGUGCAGAGGUUACCGACAGGCAAUAUGAAGUGUUUGUGUGAUAGUUUUCUUGACUAGAAAUAUUCUAUUGUUCGAACUGGUUUGUUACAAGAACUGGCUCCA